AUGUCAAAUCUUACAAAAUUGGAUUUUGGGGCUCUUGAUAUUUCGGGAAAGAACUAUUUGACAUGGGCACUAGACGCCCAAAUUCAUUUAAGCGCAGAAGGUCACGGUGACACUAUUAAAGAAGGAAAUAAAUCAUGUGAUCAACAAAAGGCAAAAGCCAUGAUAUUCCUUCGUCGUCACCUUCACGAGGAUCUUAAAAAUGAGUAUCUUACCGUAACUGAUCCACAUGUCUUGUGGAAGAAUUUGAAAGAUAGAUAUGAUCAUCAAAAAACGGUUAUCCUACCAAAAGCUCGAUAUGAAUGGAUGCAUUUACGUUUGCAGGAUUUUAAAAGUCAGCAGUAUCGAGAAAAGGGGUUUAUUAAAUAUUCUGACCUAAUAUCUUGUCUUCUUGUGGCUGAGAAAAAUAAUGAACUAUUGAUGAAAAAUCACGAGGCCCGUCCCACUGGUACAACUCCAUUCCCAGAAGUGAAUGUGGCAAGGCACGACCACUAUAGGAAAAAUCGUGGUCGUGGUCGUGCAUACGCACGUGGUCAUGAUCGUAAUUAUGCUCAUGGUCUUGGUUUUGAUCGUGGUCGCAAUGGGAAUCAUUAA